AUGAAUGAGGAUUUAAAGUUAGGAUCGAUUAUAUGGCCCAACUUCACGUCCCCCUUUAGCAUUUCAUGCUACUGUAUGAAUGAGGGGUGCACCGUUUUAUCCGUGGGUAGCUACGAGGGCAGCAUCGUUUUGUUUAAAGUUGGAGAAAAUGCAAGUAGUGCUCGAGGGGGCGGUAGUUGUGCCAGUGUCGCUGCAAAUGCGAACGCCUGUGCCAAUGUCGGUGCCAAUGCCUGUGCCAGUUUCCCCGCUUCGAAUGAAACAUGUGUAACUCGCGUGGACGGUGUGGGUGCCGUGUUUGUGUCGCCAGGUGGACGUUACAAAGAAGAAUUUAAAAUAGGCACCGGGGGAGGUGACAAAUUUAACGUUGCGGGGAAACACCCCGAUAGGAAUGAAACCCCGGUGAGUAGUAGUUUGCCGGCGAGUAGUAGUUUGCCGGUGAGUAGUAGCUUGCCGGUGAGCAGCAGUUUGCGGGUGAGUAGUAUUUCCCCAGGGGGAGGAGAACUAGGCGACACUGUACAUAAGGCUAGUGAGGUUAAACUGCAUAGGGGAGAUGGGAGAGGAAAGACAAAGACGGAACAGGUGAACGGUGACGGAACGAGCACAUAUGUGUACAGCGGAGGAAGGAGAGAUGUCCAGUCGGGGGGAGAAGCAGAAGGAGGGGAAGUCCCAGGAGUGGAGGCCCCAGAAGUGGAAGCCCCAGGAGUGGAGGCCCCAGAAGUGGAGGCCCCCGAAGUGGAGGCCCCAGAAAAUAGAAUAAACUUUCUCCCAUAUUGUAUCCUCCUAAACAAUAACAACAACACGUGUAGCAACAGCAUCGUGCAGUUAUGCUUUGGACUAUCUUGCUCAUCCCUCAUCGAAUGCAUAUCAAAGGAGAUCCUAAUAUCGCUUCACUUGGAUAACUGCCUAUAUUUUUGGUCUCUAGAUGAAGGGAGAUGUUUUAGAAUAGUAAAGGGUUUCAGUUUUUUUAUCUACAAUUUGAGAGUGUUACCAGAUAGACGGUUUAUUCUUUUGUGUGGAGAUAGGAAGGUGCUUCUGAUGGAUCUUUGGGGGAAUAAAAGCAGAGAGAUUAUUGCGCACUUGACAUUGGAUAAUUACAUGGAGGGGAGCGGUUACAAGGGGGGGGACUUGGAAGGAGAGAAAGGAGGAAGGGUAAAUAAUGGAGGCAGAGGAGAGAAAGGAGGCAUCGCAGAUACUGCUUCAAAUUCAAAUCACUGUGAUAAUAAAGGUUCUGCUAGAAGUGGGAGUUACUUCGUGGGGGAUUCCAUCGACAGACACCACUCUUCGUCUUCCAGUUCGGGGGAAAUGAACGAGAGGGUGCUUAUCGAUGUAGGGGAUAGAGAACUCCAGGGAGUAGCAGCAGGGUCGUGUAGUGAAGCAAUCGACGGAGAUGAAGUGGUCGACGGGAGUGAAGCAGCUGGGGAGGGUGCCGGUGCCGGUGCUGAAGAGGGAGGAAACGAAGAAGGGGGAGCCUUUUCUCUAAAAAAAAAGCAUGGCAAAAGGAGGAAUGCAAAAAACCUUGGUGGAGGCACUUUAAGGCAAAACGGGGGGAGACAAGCAAAUAGCUAUGCCACCCUGGAGGAGCAAAAUUUUUCAGCAGAAAAUUUAAGAAAUAAAAACAAAAAGGAGAGAGGUAACCAUACAGAGAAUGUAAGAAUAUGCUGCGUCGCAACAGGGUUAGUUCCAUACCUUAAAGAGGAUAACCAAAGGUCACUCAUUCAGUGCUUUAAAUUAUUGAAAAGGAAGUUAUACAGCUCAUAUAAAAAAAAGGAAAAUUUUAAAAGGGUGAUGUUACAUGAUAAUGAAGCAGAUGGGAGUGGAAAUAAUUCAUCCACGGAACAUAAUGAAGAAUAUGCAAAGACCAUGCAGGAUGAAAUUAACAAGAAACUAAACAAUCUUUUCAGUUGUCCAGUAUUCAUCGUUGCGUCCUUAUCGAAUGGAGAUAUUAUAUGUUGGGACUUAACUGAUUUUUUAUCAUUCUACAAAGGAAAAUGCAGAUUCGUAAUCAGGAUAGAAAAAACAGAACUUGAUUUAUACAACGAAAUUGUCAGUGAAAUUGCAGAAAAUUGUAUAAUGGAUGAACUGUUAAAAAUCAAUGUACACACAUCUCAUGAUAUGAAUUUAAAAGCACACGACAGAUGUGUGAAGUGUCAGGAUGGGUAUAAACAGUGCAAUGGGUUGUAUUUGAUAGAAGCUAAGUUUAUUUCUAACCUCACUCCUGCUGAGGAUUGGCUCGAAAUUGCUACGAAUGGGAACUCCAGUCGUAUAGGGGUCAUAGAUAGCUAUGUUAUAAUUUUACAGGAAACGAGAUUAAUCAUUUAUGAGAGGAAGGACCUUUCCUCUAUGUUUGUUCCUUUGAUGGAUUUGUUUUGUCCGGACUACCACCAGAAUUCGCAGAAGAGGAGGCGCAGGAACCCCCACUGGGUGGGCCUGCAGGUUGUGCGUCGUCCCCUGCUGAGGUUUUCCUCGGGUAUCUUCAAAAGCAGCGGACUGAAAACGAAAUCCUUCGACGUGAUGCAGAAGCUGUCCAAGAAUUCAAACAUAAAGUCCUUUUUCCUAAUGAAGGUAUCGAAGAAGUACUUGGGUUCACAUAAGAGUCCCAUCCCUAUAGUGAUAUACAAGGAACGCAUAUGUAGGAGAAGGAAUUUCCUAUUAAAUGAGGAGGACGACGGAGAGGAAAACAGAGCGAGUAAUCAUAACGAAGGAGGGAGUAACUACAACAACAGUAAUAAGUUUAGAAUAAAAAUAAAUGACAGCACAGAGAUGACUCCAAGUUAUUUAAAAAGUAAUUUUUCAACAGAAUCAAUAAAAUCCAAGACUGCUUCCAACGAUCAGAUGAUGUUUUCCACCAACAACCUUCAUGAAUAUAUUAACUUAACAAAAAGCAGUACCAUCUGUAGAGGUACCAAGGGGAAUAAAAUGAACCCUAUUAAGAAGUAUGCUAAAUGCAAGGAUGAUUUAUUAUUUCUUUUUAUAAAUAGGAAGAACCCUUAUAGAAUUACUCUCUUUGAGGGGUUACUUGGUUCCUGGUUUAAGACGACCAAGUUGGAAAAAAUUUGGCUUUUGCCAAAAAGGAAGAGACUCAUGGAAGGGAUAAAAAUUGUGGAGAGUGGAAAUGGUGGCAUCUCUGGUGGAAAAAAAAACGAAGCCGUUAAAGUGAACUCAGAACUUGGGGGGGAAGAUAAUUGGGAUGCUACUGCGUGGUUGCAUAUGGAGCAUGUCCUUCCGCCCAACAUACGUAGGUGCAGUGAUCUGCUAACAGAUUUAUUGCACAAUAAGGAGUGCACUAUGCAAGGUGAGCAUAGUGAAAGAGGAAAAAUGGAUAGGAGAGGUAGAUCCAUAGUGGCCUACGCAAUAGCAGAACGGAAUCACAACAUAUACAUUUUUUUAAGCUUUACUAAUGGGUAUGUUAUAAGUGCGUUAAUUAAUUCUUAUGGAAAAUCCUCUCGAGGAAAAAUCAACUACCUGGUAGGGGGGUCUAGCAAAGGAGAUAUUUUAAUAUGGGAUCUAAGAAGUUUUAAAUUGAAGAAGUUUAUUAAGGCUUGCCAUUUUAACUACGUGAGAAGCAUCCACAGCGUUAUCGAUGAAAAUGACCCCAACAGAGAAGACACAUAUUCAGUGAACAAAAAAACGGAAUCAUUUUGGGUUCUAAGUUGUGAUGCUAGUAACAAUCUGAUUCUUCUCAAUUUGAAUGAAAGCAACUACGAUGAAAAUAAUUUUGCAUAUCUGUUUUGCAAAAAUGAUAGAUGUAGAAUAGCUAUAACGACAGAUGAAGAAUCGUUAAGGAAGAAAGAGAUGGAGAUUCGACAAAAAAAAAAAAUUCUCUUUCUAAAUUAUAUGAGAAGCUUUUUUAAAAAAAAAGGAUUAUACAAUUAUGGAAAAGCUACGGAAAGGAAAGACAACCUAUUGCACAUGCUAAAAAUUAAAAAAGAUUUAAAGAUAAAGCUAAUGAAAGGUUUCUAUUAUGCUACCUCGUGCACUAUGAGCAAACCUGUUGGUGAUUCCAAAGGAGGCUUCUACAAUGUGAGGAGAAAAAUCCAUAAAAAGAGGAAGGGACAUCAUGGGGAGAUAAAAAAUAUGAUCAAUGUAUGCCUUUACUGUUCUUUUAAGAAACUAGAGAAGAAAAAUGAAAUUAAUUUUAAAUUAAUAAAUCAUGUGUAUAUUAAUACCUUUUCGUCGCUGUUGUAUAUCACUUCGCUGAAUAACUUGGUCUUCAUUUAUGAAUAUGACAGCGGGCGCUUCCUGCGAUCUUUGUAUGAUUCGGACUUUGCUUCCAUGUGCGUGGUCCCCACGGAGACGUGCCACAUGAAACUGGGCGUGGACGUCACUUCGGUGCGCGUCCUCAACAGGGUGCGCGCGGGUGGCAGCAAGGUUGGCGGGAAGGUUAACACCGUAGUUCGCGGGGCAGUUCGCGGCGCAGUUCGUGGAGAGGAUGACGACUGGAGCAGCAGCGAUGGGAGUAGCGACCGAAGCAGCGGCAGGAGCAACGAUCGACGAAAGGUCAGAAGCGGAAGAGGAGGAGUUCCCCAAGGAAGCAUCCCCCUCGCGGAGCGCGGAAAGGAGAAUAGCGAAGAAGUAUACCACGGUGCCCCCCCAAGGAAGAGCACCCCCCGCGUAAAAGUGCAUGGUGGCGAAAAAAUGUAUAGAAGCGAAAAAAUGCAUAGAAGCGAAAAAAUGCGUAGAAGCGCAAAUGAGAGGAACCCCUCCAGCUACAUCGUGAAGAGCCAAAUACCAGUCAUAAGUUACGUUCUAUUCAGAGACAGCAAUUUGUCCCAAAAGGCCUUGCCUUUGACGAAGUUUUUAUUUCCUUUUUUUUUGCCACCCAAAUGUGUGCAUCUUUGUAGAGAGUUAUUUUCCUUUCUAGUGAGUUUUCCUUCGAUUCCAUUCUCGUUGUGUAUUCACGGAAAGGAAUCCACGCUGUCAACGUUGAUCCCGAUGUCGACUCAGAUAUAUUACUUCUCCAAGAUGCACUCACUAAAGGAGGGUAGAUGUGAGGGAAACGUUUAUGUGACCAUUAGUGGAGGAAGGAGAGACAGAUACGAAAUCCAAGAGAAAAAAAGAAAAGAAAAAUUUAUUAUUGAUUCCCUACACUUGGAUGAGCCAUAUAUAUAUAAUAACAAAUUUAAAAAAAAAUAUUUCUUAAGUGAAGAAUAUAAAAAGAAGUACCUCAUUUUGGGAAUUAAGAUGGGGAGUCUCAAGCGACGGUGUAACGAUUUUAUGGAGUUUUCCAAGUAUAAAAAUUUACAGAUGUAUAGGUAUGACGAGGGGAGCAGCAUCUUUAACGUGGAUCCGGGGGGAACUCUAGGUGUUGAUCCUUCUGGGGUGGUAGAACGUCAGGGAGAGACCAAAAAAAGGGAAUUGCCGCACCAGGAGGGAGAGUCGAAGAAAAGGGAAUUACCGCACCUAGAGGGAGAGAUGCUCAACAAUCGCCGUGACCGCACACAAUGUCGUAGCAACAGUGGGAGUGACUGCAGCAGUGCCGAUGGUAGUGACCGCAGUAAUGCCGAUGGUAGUGACUGCAGUAAUGCCGAUGGUACAGACCGCAGUAAUGCCGAUCUUAGUAACCGCAAUAUUGCCGAUCGUAGUAACCGCAGUAAUGCCGAUCGUAGUAACUCUCCUGAGAGGCCCGGCUCUAAGGAACAACCUUAUGGGAUACAUAGCCAACCGGUUAAGGGCGAAGGAGGGGGUGCAAACAGACUCAUUCGAAACGCCUCUUCAGGUACCAGCUGUUGUCUGUGGAAUAGUGUAGAAGAUCCAAAAUUUUUCAGCACUCGAGCGAGGAGGAAGAAAUAUCACAUGAUGCAGUACAAUUAUUACAAAGAUUUGAGGGUACGUCGGAGAACCGUGGCGGGAUCGACCAAGUGGUUUUUGAAAUACUCAGAUGAUGAAUUCUCCAAUUAUUCGUCGGACAAGUCUAGUCUAUACUUGUAUGUGAAGCGUGAUCGACAUCGUCGCACCCCACGGCUCGAUCAUCGUGGUAGCCAUACUCAUCAUGUGCAAACUCAGCGGAGAAGUCUGGCACCUCAUCGGGAACUCCUCUUCGAAAACAACUCCGUGGAUGUGUACUGCAACAGUGUGUAUGUGAAGACGUUGUACUCCUGCUUUAUGUUGCGAUUUCUAAGUUUGUGGUGCUCGAGUAGCAAGGGGGGGAGGUACGACCCCGCUACGCUGUUCAACUUUAGGAAAUACAUAAUAGAGAACCUACCCGAGAGUAACACGCUGAAUCUGUUUCUACUGAGCUACAUAUCUAUGUACCCAUACGACAAGAGCAUACGAAUACAGUUGCAGAGGUUUAUGUGCACCGUGAUAGCUAAUGUAAAGGACAAGACUUUGGAUAAAUAUGCUAAAACAUCCACAGAAAUUUUAAGAAUAAAUAAUAAGAAAAAAAGAAUUAUAGAAAAAAAUAUGGAUGAAAUAUCGUUAUAUGACACGACAGGGACCUAUGUGAUUACAAUUAUUAUACCAAAAGUGGGAUCCUUUUUCUUUUACCCAUACAUCUAUGCUGACGAAAUUUGCCUUACUCUAUUAUUACUACUACUUUUGGUGAAAUCACAUUAUUUAAGGAACUCAAAAACGUUUUAUACCAAUGCCAGUAUGAUAACCCUAAUUGUGCAUCACAUUUGUUACUACAUUUUUGUAGACACACAAUACCUAAUCGAGAAGGAUAAUAAAUUUAACAAAUUUAAAUUAUUUCACUUUAUUCACUUGCUUUCGUUGAGUUUUUCUAUCACGUGGGAUUUUCAUGUAUUGGUUCAGAGGGGCAUCUUCACUAGCAAUAUGAAAAAUAUGUCAUACCUUUCCUUCAAUUUGCAUUUAAAAAAGGAAGACUUUACUUUGAACGAACGGAUGAUUGAUGAGAAUUAUUUUAAGGCGCUGAAGGAUUACUACAUCCUUGGGGGGGCACCUCCAGGAGAAACGCUUCCUGGCGGUGGCGCUGCUGCUGGUGGUGGUGCUCCUUCUGCUCCUACUGGUGCUACCCCUACUGCUGCUGCUGGUGGUGGUGCCCCCUUCUUGGGGGCAGCCAUGCCCAUUGCAGGGAGCGAUAAAACGUUAGGCAAUUCCGUGAGUGAAAUAAAUUUAAAAAAUUACCUGGACGAUUUUGUCGGGUGCACAGAUAACGGAAAAGUGGGAGGAGAGCUUGAAUCGGAGAGAGAAGAACAGCUCUCACUAAACUCUUAUGAGAAUGUGUUUUCUGAUGUACACAGUGAAGGGAGGAGUGCAUUCUUGGGAAAAUCGAACGAAGCUCUAGAUAUAGGGACAACUGGGUCAGCCCCAUCCCAAAUAGUAGUUGGAGUAGUUAAUCAGGUGAGUUCAUCAGACCAAAUUCAUCCCGUAGAAUCCAUAAGCAGAGGACAAAGUUAUUACAACGAAUUGUACAACUUAUCAUGUGAUGAAAGCAAAAUAAAGAUGGCCCAAAUGAACAGAAAAAAGAAAUCACAAAUAAAUGAACAUAACUACAUUAACAUAUGUCACUUUAUUUUAAAUAUCUUCGAUCUAUACACACUCUUCCAUGAAUAA